AUGGGAUUACCGCCGUGGGAGACAAGUGAGAGUCAAACUUUUGCCUUAAUAACAGGCGCAAACAGUGGUUUAGGCUUUGCAAUUGCUUCUAGAUUAAUUGAUGAAUUUCUAACUUCAUCCGACACUCCUCCUACAAAACAUCUCAUUCUUAUCCUCUGCACGCGUACUCCGCUGAAGACACGAUUCACAAUCUCGCGCCUGCGUGCCCAUCUACGGAAACUCGUCGACUACUCUCAAUUUGCAAGCUCGCAACGAACGAAGGCUAAAGCACAAGGAAAUGUAUAUAAAUGGCAGGAUAUGGUGGCUCGGGUCCAUUUCCUUGGAGUUGAACUCGAUCUAUGCGACCUAAAAAGUGUAUACGCGGUCACCGACAAGCUGGUGAAUGGGACUGUUGGUAGCCCAGAUGCUACUACAAUGGAUGGUCUGAGUUUACCUGCUGGGUCUCCUGGAACCGCCUCGUAUUCCGCGGGUAUCCAGCAAGAUAGAUGGGCAUUGAGUCAGAAAGAAGGAUCUGAUGGGCAACAGAGGUCUUGGGGAUGGGGGUUAAGCGGAGUUCGCGUACCCAGACUGGAUGUCGUAAUUCUGAAUGCAGGUAUAGGAGGAUGGUCAGGAAUCAAUUGGCCAAAAGCUAUAUGGACUGUCAUGACAGAUAUGACAGAAGCUGUAACAUGGCCAACUUACAAGCUUGCGGAAGUUGGAGCUGUGACAAAACCGCAACUAUCCUCUACUAAACCAAAAGAAGCGAAAACAUCCGAUGAUGAAUCCACACAACCUUUACUUAACGGCGACAGUCCACAGGAGCCACCUCUUGGCUCGACAUUCUGUUCUAACGUAUUUGGACACUAUAUUCUCGCACAUGAACUGAUGCCUCUACUAUCACGAUCUGCUUCCCCUUCAGCCACUACCAGCGGAAGAAUUAUAUGGGUAUCCAGCAUAGAGGCGCAACCACAGCACUUCAAUAUUGAUGAUCUACAAGGUUUGAACAACCACGCACCAUACGAAAGCUCAAAGCGUCUUACGGAUGUCCUCGUCCUUUCAAGAAAACUUCGAGCAGCUGGAAAGAUCUCUUCUUCAUGGUUCGACUGUUCAGACGUUCGCGUGAAGGAACAUGAAAUAGAAGAAGGAGAAAACGCUGAAGAUCGGUCACCAACACAGUUGAUAAGACCCAAAAUGUAUGUGGUGCAGCCAGGAAUAUUUGUCUCGGAAAUCAUGCCCUUAAAUUUCAUCUUGGUAUUUUUCUAUAGGAUGAUUUUCUACCUCGUAAGAUGGAUGGGUAGCCAAUGGCAUACCAUCGAACCUUACACCGCCGCUGUAGCACCAGUCUGGCUAGCAUUGUCUCAAGAUGAGAUUCUAGACACUAUGGACGCACCAGCUUCAAAAUGGGGAUCGGCCACAGACUCAAGUGGAAAAGAACGUGUCAUCCGUACGGAAGUUCCUGGUUGGGGAUGGGAAGGUAAAACUCCAAAGACUAUUGAUACGGGAGAGAGAAGGAAGGGGAGAAAGAGAGAUGCGGUACCAUUGACGAGAGAAGCAAGAGAGGAUUUUGAGGUCAUGGGUGUUAAGUGUUGGACAGAAAUGGAGAAAUUGAGGAAGGAGUGGGAGGAACUUUUGGGGGUUAAGAAGUAA